AAGUCCCAAAUCUCCAAAACCAGACAUUCCCCUCGGCGCACUCUAAUCUCUCAUGGCGACGGCGUCCGCGAGUCGGCCCAGCGGCCCGGUGCUGUCGAUCCCCAGCUACCGCUCCGCCUCGCCCACCCGCGUCAAGCUCGCCACCCGCUCGCCGGGCAAGUCCGUCAGCGUCUCGUCUCCCACCGCCUCCUCCAGGAGCCGUCGGUCCUGCAUGUGCUCCCCGACGAACCACCCGGGCUCGUUCCGGUGCAGCCUCCACAAGGAGCGCAAGCAGGCGGCCCCCGCCGGCAGCGGCACCAGCAGGCCCGUCCCCAUGGGGAGCGGGCACUGGGCACGCAGGGCGCUCGCGCCGCCCCCCGCGGCGCAGCAGUCGCUGCAGCACCGGAGGCGCGCGGGCGGGUUCCGUCCCCGGUCCAGCCGGCUCUCCGCCGUGUCCAUGGCCGGCGACAGCCAGUAAGCUAAACGAACAGCGUCGACAUGCCGUAGCAAGAUAGUAGAGUACUAGUACUACAUAGGAAAGAAGUUGCCUGAAGAAUUGGAGUUUUUAGAACCAAUUCGAUUGAUGAGCCCGUCCGUAACUGUACAGAAUGCAUUUUUCCAGCGCGCAUGAAUGGCGUUAAUUGAGAUUCAAGAUGUCAGGCAAUCGUUGGUUGGGCUAACGGAUACUUUGAAUCACUCUGUUUUUACUCGUGUUUUGGUGAUUUCAGAGUCCCGUCUCUGCCUUUGGGUUUAUUAAUCGGUAUUUGGAGGCACUAGAACUGACGAAGAUUCAGAAACAGACAGUACAGCCAUGAGCCAGCAGUUCAGGUUCAGAAGCAGUCGUUACCUCCUGAGACGGUGUUUGCCAAGAGAAAAUGUUGAUGCUGGGGUAUGGAAGAAAAGGUAGCUUGUCAUAGACUAACGCAGAUUUCCUCUGAACUAAUGAUGCAACAUUGAUACUGGUUGCUGUUUUCGCUGCGAAUGUUCGUCCGUUAACAAAACCCAUCUGUACAAGUGCAUAUGCUAAAUAGACCAUGGCAAUGCAUCCAUACAAGUGCCGAAUCAAACGGUCCAACUAAACC